GAGCACGGAGAUCUGUACUUGCGGUGCAGUCAGAGGAUUUUCCUUCUCUUCAGAAGAGGAGUGUGUGAAAGUCAUCCUGUGCGGCUGCAUGGUUGACUGAGCUGCAGUGGAACAUCUGGUGCACAUUUAAGUCCAAGGCCCUUUGACCUUUAUUCCUCACAUCCCAUCUUGAGUGUGAUCUGGAGGGAUGGAAGAGGACGAUGUGGGUUCAUACCCCCAGGUGUUUGUGGUGGACAGCCAAGCCAACCAUGUAUCCAUGUCCAGCGGGAAGAAACUGAGAUGGGUGAGAGCAGGCCAAAAGUUUCUUCACCUGCUGGUGGGACUCGCCCUGUUGGGACUUGUUGUCGAGGGAUGUUUCAUCUACAGUCUGUACAAACAAACGGAGGAACUUUCCCUCUGUAAGUCUCACCCUCUCUGCCAGAACCUGUCUAAUUCCCAAACCUCUAGCCAGCAGGGUGGCAACAUAAUGAGUCAAGUGGGAGCUAAAGAGUCCAAUGAGAUUCCCACGGUGCGACCAAAUCUGGAACAUGUCCAACAGAGACCCUUUGCUCAACUGAUAGGCUCCGACACUUUAAAAGGGGAGGGCAGUUUGGUGCUGUGGGAAAAUAGCGAAACCGUAACCUACAACAUGGGCUACAAAAACGGCCGGUUGUUGGUCGAGGAGGACGGUUACUACUACCUCUACUCCAAAGUGACAUUAAAUGCUGCACAGGAGUGUUCGCUUAUCCAGCACAAGGUCAUGAGAAACACCAGUGCCUAUGACGCUCCUAUAGAACUUAUGAAAUCAAAAAGUAACCGAUGCUUCCGGAAAUCUACGAGGGCAAAUCAUUCAAAUGAGGAGGUUCUGUGGAACAGCUUUCUGGCUGGGAUCUUCCACCUGCAGAGCACAGACAAAGUUUUUGUCACAUUGGAAAAUAAAGAUAAGAUGCGUCCAGGACCUACUGACAAUCUUAUGGGAGCAUUUAUGAUAUUUCCAGGCAAUAUUAAUAAAUAAUACCCUCUGUCCCACGUCAUGAUCAGAA